AGUUAUCACUCACGCUUUCCUUCAAAAUGGCCGAUGGAAUGAAAGGAGUCGAUGCUUUGCAAGAAGAGCUUUUGCGAGCCAAAGACAAACUGAAAGAUGUAAAUGAAAAUAUAAAGAAACUGACAGGAAGAGAUCUAGAAGAACAAAGGAAUUUUGGUCGCCGUGACUUUGCAAGUCCCGAUGGAAGAGGUCGAGGAAGGUUCUCCAACCUUGUCCGGCGUCGAUCUGACGAUGGCCCAGCGGCAAAAAGAAGAGGUCUUGGAGGAGCUUUUGCCAGACUGGGCCUGCCGGUGGGGAUGGCACAGCGUCGACAGCAGGAGGACAGCGGGGAGGAGGACGACGGAGAGGACAAGCCCGCAAUUGCCUCAGCUGUUGUAGCUGCAGCCGGAGCCAAGAGAUCUCGACGGGACAUGAUGCAGGAGCAGAGCCAGGACAGGCAGGGCAUGGCCAGAAACAAGAGGAUGUUCGGCCUCCUCCUUGGAACACUGCAGAGGUUUAAACAUGAAGCCAAGGAAAACAAGGACAAGGAGGAGCAGAGGAAGAAGAUUGAGGAGAAACUGGAGUCGAAGGCCAAGCAGGAGAAGGCCCGACUUGUCCAGGAGAAGAAACAGCUGGUGCAGGAAUUUGAGCAGGAGCAGGCAAAGAUACAUCGACUUGAACAGAAGAUGGAGCUGGUCAGACAGCAUGACAACUGGGCCAUGGAGACCAAGAAGUUGGAGAACUUCAUCUGCACCAAGACCAAACCUCAGAUAUUUUACCUGCCCAGAGGUCUGAUCAGCUCCACUGAGACCAAGCUGAAGGAAACCAAAGCUGUUGUAGACAAGAUGAUUAAGGACAGACGAGCCAAGUUGGAGGAGGAGAUCGAGGACAUGAUGACGCGCGAGAUUGAGAGGGAGGAGAGACUGAGGGCACGCAGGGAGAGUGGGGAGGGAGUGAGGGGAGGGGCGCGACGACAGGAAGAAGAACAGGAGGACCUGGAGGAGGACGAGGACGACCAGGAUAAGUUUGAUCAGAUUGAAGAGAAUGAGGUGGUGCUGGAGGAGAGGAAGAAUGGUGAGGGGGAAGUUGGGGCCGGUGAUGAAAGGAGGGUGGAUGUGAGGCAGGUGGUGGCUGCAGCAGCAGAGGAGGGAGGGGGUGACGGUGACGGAGAGGAGGCGAAGAUGGAAGGAGUGAAGGAAGGGGAGGAGGAGAAUGAGGAGGGGGAGAUUGAGUCAGAGAAGGAAAGUGGUGAGUUGGAGAAGGAAAGAAGGCGUGUGAAGAGUGGUGAGGAUGGAGAGAAGAAAGGGGUGGAAAGGAAGUCAAAGGAUGGACAGAAAAACAGUAGGUCCACGGAUGGAGAGAAAGUUAGUAGCAGGUCAAGUGAUGGAGAGAAAGACAUAAGUAGGGCAAAGGAUGGAGAGAAAGACAUAGUUAGGCCAAGUGACAAUGAGAAAGCUAGAAAUAGGUCAAGUGAUGGCGAGAAAGCUAGAAGUAGGUCAAGUGAUGAUGAAAAAGCUAGAAGUAGGUCAAGGGAUGGAGAGAAAGCUAGAAGUAGGUCGAAGGAUGGGAAAGACAGAAGUAGUUCAAGGGAUGGGAAAGCUAGAAGUAGGUCAAAGGAUCGGAAAGCCAGAAGUAGGUCGAGGGAUGGGAAAGACAAAAAUGUGUCUAAAGAUGAUAAAGAACAGACUCAGUCAACCAAGGACAGAAGUAAAUCAACAGAGGGAAAAGAUAAGAGUAGUGAGAGGGAGAGGAGAAAGAGUGGUGCAAAGGAGAGAGAAAGGCGGCGGUCCAGAAGUAGAAGUCGUAGCAGAGACCGUGAGAGGAAGAGAGAAAGGCGGAGUGAUAAGGAUGGAGAGAAGGAGAAUAGGAAAAGCAAGCAUGAUGAGGACCGCAGCAAGAGGAGAAGUGAGAGGAAGGAGAGGAGGAGGAGGAGUUCCGAGAGGGACAGAAGCAGGGAUAGGACGGACGAGAAAAAGAGAAAGGUGGAUGAGGAAACUAGACACGCUAAGGACGAUAAGGGCAGGCGAUUGAGUGAUCCACGAGAUGAUGAUAAGAGUAAAGAUGGAGGGGCUAAAGAUGGGGAGGUCAAGGACUUGGAGGAGGGGGAGGUGGAGGAGGAGCGACGGACAGUUGACCAGGAGACCAGGCAGGAGAAGCCAUCGGAUUGAACCACCUCCCAGAGCAGGGUGCACUUGUAGAUACCGCGGAGCCAAGGAUGUUGCAUAUUUUUAAAUUAAGCAUGUUAGUUUUUGUAGAAAGUGUGUCCACAGAAAUGGCUGAAUGAUAAAUUCACAGAAUAGAUUCUGUUGAUCGGUGAAUGAAUUUGUGUCAAGAUGUUUCUCUCAAACAUGUUUUAGGGUUGAGAGUUUUCAAAUGUCUCUGAAGAUUUAAAUAUUGAAUGGACGAUUCUGAGAUUUGACAGGAAUCAUGAACAUUCUUGCAUCAGGAACCACUUUAUUGGAGUAUAUUUUAAUCAGCUUGUUUCACUGAUAUCAGCUCAUUAAUAUGGAAAUCAGUGGACAUUAACUGAGACACUUGUGGACUGAGUGUAUGUUAGCUGUUUUAGAAUCAGGUUAUUAACUCAUACACGUUGUUCUGCAUCUUACUGGAUCAUCUUCAUCAGAAUCAUGCAUUCAUCUAGUAGACAUGAACCUUGGUUACCUACCAUUCACACUGUUAACAUGGACAUCAAGCCAACAUCUGGUUACUUUUCAGGUAUGAAUCAAAUUACUGGAGGUUGGUUUGGGCAGGCAGAUGUUUACAAACUGUGUAAUGAACAUAGAUCCCAUCCUCUGUGUUGACUUGGACAGUAUGGAUGCUGACUGACGGACGGACGGACGGAGGGACCGACUGACCGACAUCUGUGACCGGGACCUAGAUCACUGUAGGCUGACUUGAACCAACUGCCCAUCACAUUAACAUCAAUGGACAUCCCAGAUCUUAGAUGAUUAUCAGUAGAUGUGUUACAUAGUGACAUCUUAAGGUCACCUUCCACAUCUUUGGCAUCUCCUAUACUUUAACCUCUUCAACUACUUUACACAAAGGUCUGUGUACUCCUGUCUACCAUUCUCCAAGUAGUGAAUAGAUUAGUUUUCAUGCUGUGAUAUGUUCCACUGUCCUCUGUUGAUAACUACAUACAGCAUGGGUACUGUGGGGUGGAAGAUGGGAUUAUCCAAGUGGUGUCUGGCUGUCCAUGCGGGGAUACGUGUAGCGUCUACUGGAGAUAGAGUAGCAUGUAAAGUGCUGAAUGGGAUGUCCGCGUACAUUUCAAUGAAUAUUGCAUUUGAAGGAAAGUAACUUUGAUAUGUUAACGAGAACUGAUUGGUUGUGAUCAGUUAUUCAACCAAAUACGUCAAGUAUAAUAAACCAAGUUUAAGUAAGUUCAUUUAGUGCAUUUUUGGAAGUGUUUUAUGAAUGUGUUAAGGACUGCCUUUAAAGCCUUCAGGAUUGAAUAUGAGUAUUCAUGUUUCAUACUGAAUUGGCAGUAUUGUCCACUUACAAAAGUCUUCAUAAAUAUAAUUCCGGUCCUGCCCAAAUGUAAUUUAGAUGUAGAUAUUGUUAGGAAAAGAUGAGCAUAAAAAUGAUAUUGCAUAUAGUCCUUUUGUAUUUUCAUAGUGUUCUAUAAUAUAUCAAGGUAUAAGUUUGUCAGUAAUGAAGUGAUGAAUUCAUUCCCAGUUAGAUGUUUCUCGGAAACAUAUCAUUUGCUUGUUCACGUUCAGCUUGUUCCUCUUGUAGUGAUUGUCCAGUGAAGCUUAUGUUCUCAGGCUUAAUCGCAAUGGUUUGUAACUUGUGUUUUUGGCAUAAUGUCUUAUUUUCGUUCAUUUUCACCUUUUCAUUUCUCAGAUAUGUAUUAACGCGCCAAAUUUAUAAGAAAUAAAUAUGUAAGAAUAGA